AUGCUUUCAAGUACGGAAUAUGCAAAUGACCCAUCGGUUGAAGUGUCUUGGGCACUUGAGGCUGCUGAAAGAGCAAGGAUUCACAUGAGUUUGUUGCUAACCUGUAAUACUGAGGAACUGAGAUUACAUGAAAACGAAGAUGCAAUUUACGAAAAAUUUCGAGAAGUGUUUCCAGAAAUGAAGAUCGAAAAAGUGACAGAUGUGGAAUUGAAAGGGAAAAAUAAUAAGUUUUGGUUUGAAUUUUGUGAACAUUUCAAAGACGAUGUAGCAGAUUAUAAUCUUGCAACCAUCAUGAGGAUACGAGUAAAUGGAGCUUACAGUGAAUGUAACACAAUAAUUGUUCCUAAAAUAAUUUUUUUGGCUAUUGAAAUAGCACGAAACAGAGAAUGUUUGAAUGAAAAAUAUAAAGAAAGUUUCAAAAUGGAACAUGAAAGAAUCACACGUGAAGGCGGAAAUAUCUGUUAA